CAAUAUCGCACAAUCACUAAAAGCACCUUUAAAAGGUUAUUAUUAUCUUCCCAAAAUAAACCCAACCCUAUCGUUCCCAAUUUUACUCAGCCGACCCUCAUUUCUCAAAAUUCUAUUCGUCUGUCAAUCCAGCUUUUAGCGUCGAUUCUCCUAUUGCUUUUAUUGAUAUUCAAAUGAGUCGUCCACAGGAACCACACCGCCCUUUUCUCCCAUUUGGAAAUCCUUUCAAAUUUAUAUUACCUAAGGGCUCGUACUUGUCUCCUAAGCUUCUUGCUCUGUUGAAUGCCUUUGAGGAGUCAUUAAUGGAGAGGGUUAAGAGUCUCAAACCGGUAGAUAAGGAAGAUAUCCUCACUCUAUCAUGGAUGACACAAGCAAUAAGCACACUUUGUGCAAUUCACACAGACGUGAAAACUCUCAUUACUGAACUUGAACUUCCCGUAUGUGACUGGGAUGACAAGUGGAUAGAUGUGUACUUGGACAACAGUGUGAAGUUGCUCGACAUUUGCAUUGCUUUUAGCUCUGAUAUUUCAAGGCUCAACCAAGGCCACCUUUAUAUUCAGUGCGGCUUGCAUAACUUGGAUGGAACCUCAAACCAGUUCAUGAAGGCUCGUUCAUCAUUAGAUGGAUGGAAGCAGCAUAUCAAUUCAAAGAACCCAAGACUGGAGAAUUGUUUUGCCAUCUUGGAUAGCCUCACCGAAUCAUUGAACCUACCGAAAAUCAAGAAUUCUGCAAAAGGGAAGGUUUUAAUGCGGGCAAUGUACGGAGUGAGGGUAGUAACUGUAUUCAUAUUCAGCAUGUUUGCUGUCACUUUUUCCGGUUCUAAAAAGGAGUUGAAAGAUCUGGAGGUUAAUGAGACUUGUUUGUGGACCGAAGCGUUUGUUGAUGUCCGUGAUUUUAUUCGUGAGGAGAUCAGGAGUAUAUAUUCAAGUGGAAGGAUCACAGCACUGAAAGAGCUUGAAGUAGUGGAUACAAGUGUGAAGAAAUUGUACCCUCUCAUACAGGAUGGAGUAGUAGACCCUAAUGAAGCUGAGCAGUUGCAGGUCUUAACUUUACAUUUGACGGAAAAAGCAGAAAAACUUUCAGGAGGAUUAGAACUGCUAGCUAAGGAAGCAGAUAGAUUCUUCCAUAUCCUUUUAACUGGACGCGAUUCUUUGCUCUGUAACCUUAGAAUAGGUAGUAGUGUCUCUAACCAAGCGCAAGUGAACAACGUAGAAAGAAAAGAGGUGAGGUGAACCUUAGAAAGAGGGUGGGGGUGGGGGUGGGGGUGGGGGUGUUUCAGUUCUAAGUUUGAAUUUCAUGUACUGUUAAGUACUGCAAUAAAUAGUAAUUGUGAGAAGGGUGGUUGUCUGUGGUAUAGUUUCAAACAGGUUGAUAUAUGUUUGGACUGUCAUAUUGCGUUAAUGAAGCAUAAAGUGGUUUAUCGUGCAGACAA